UCCCACGAGCAGGUGAACACUUAUAUUUAGCACCGCUCGAGUUUCCAGAUGCCAGUUCAGUGCCAGCAGACGUACAGCAACAACAUAACCCUAUGGAAUCUCUCCACUAAGCCAACACAACUCGUAAAACCAUAGCCUACGACUCACAGGCACGAGUCACGAGCAGGUCACGAGCAAGUGUUGAAAACCUGUCAAAAUCGAAGAGUGUAUUCUUUGCGAGAAACGGACUGAAAAGGCAAGAGAAUAUCAAUUCCACACUCAUCUCUCAUUAAUCUAGCCCAGAAUAAUGAUUGUUAAAUGCUUUGAAACAAGCAUUCAAGCAACAUGAUCUUAUCAUACCUGAUGUGCAAAUCGCAAUGACGAGGCACAUUGCAAAACGGCUUUUUUUGUGAACUCUGCUUGUGGAAGAGAAAGGGGCAGAGACCUUUUUUUUGAAAGAAUGCAGCAGAGAAACGGGAAGAAGAUGGAUCUGAUAUCAAGCAGUCUUCGAUGCAAGCACGUUCAACUUCUCAAAUUCUCAGUUUUUUCCCCCCAAGAGAUGGCUGCACAUUUUUAUGCAUAUUAGAACCCAGUGAUGGCUCCACCCCAUUUUUUCAGUUCCUGCUGCAGGAAUCUAUGUUGUAUUUAUGCUGUACAUCUGUGAAGGAAGCUCAACUGCUGACAAUUUUCUUCAAGACAGCGAACCGAAAUGGAUGCAGACCUUUCCAAAUGUAAUCAGAUUGUAUUUCUGUUAUAGCGCUUCUUUGAGCUUUUUAGCAGAAAAGCUCUAGGUGAUGUAUGAAAGUCUGUUGAUGAUGGCUGUGACACCACCACCUGUAAUCACCAUGGCUGAGCCCAUUCCCAUUCCAACCCUGAACAUUUUUCCACCUUCGUCCGAUACGGAGUCGUGGUCCUGCUCCCCGAGCCCACGGCGACACCGGUACCGCUCACGCAGCCGAAACCGAGAGAACAGGAGAGCUAAGGAGGUACAGCAAAGAGAUGCAUCAGAGAACCAUUGGGAUAAAGGGAAAGGGGAAAGUGAUAGAAAUCAAAGCCCUUCACAUGCAUCUCCGAUGGUUUCUAAUGUAGAAGAGGAAGAGCAGGGAAGCCCCUCUGUGCUUCUCCUACCCCCAUCAAGCUCAUGUUCACGGAGCUCUUCCCUAAGCAGGCGCUCUCGCUGGUCUAUCCGUAGCCUUCUCAGCAAGGAUUCAGAUUGUGACAGCAGCAGCACAGCCAGUAACUCUCCGCGUAGCACUCCCGGCAGCUCGCCCUCCUUGCGCCGUCGUGUUCUGGGAGGCAGAGCCAGCGAAGGGGAGACGGGAGCGGACAGAAGUGUUGGAGGUUCAGACAGUCCCCUGCCUCCUACUCCCUCGUCAUCAACCUCUUCAUACCCGCUCACGGCCCGCCACUUCACUCGCAAUGCCAAGAAAAUGCAAAGCUGGUAUAAUGUGCUCAGCCCCACGUACAAACAGAGGAAUGAAGACUUUCGUAAACUCUUUAAAAAGCUGCCUGAAACAGAACGUCUCAUAGUGGACUACUCAUGCGCACUGCAGAAGGACAUACUGCUCCAGGGCCGCCUUUACCUGUCUGAGAACUGGCUCUGCUUCUAUAGUAAUAUCUUCCGAUGGGAGACCACGAUAACCAUACUGCUGAAAGAUGUGACCAGUCUGACCAAGGAGAAGACAGCCAAGCUCAUUCCUAACGCCGUCCAGAUUAGCACUGAACACGAGAAGCACUUCUUCACAUCAUUUGGGGCAAGAGAUCGCAGCUACAUGAUGAUCUUUAGACUUUGGCAGAAUGCACUGAUGGAUAAGACCCUGUCACCUAAGGAGUUAUGGCACAUCGUUCACCAGUGUUACGGCACUGAGCUGGGGCUCACUAGUGAAGAUGAUGAUUAUGUCUCCCCUACUGCUGAACAUAUGAACGGCCUGCUGCCAGGUGAGGAGCCGGUCUCCGUCACUGACCUGCUGGAUCUGGGAUCAGUGCCGGUGCCUCUGGUGGGCUCCUCUCCACCCUCGUCUGCCUCAAUUCUUCCCUGUGCUUCAGGAUCUUCACCUCCAUCCUCUUCUUCCUCUUCCUGCCAGCCUGUGGAGGUGCCAUCUAAUCGGGCCACCGUCGAGCCUGAGCCCAGUCCAACUGGCUCCCUGAGCUCACUAACCCCAACCGCAAACACUGGAACUGCCCUGUCCUCAACCAUCUUUGAAGAAGGUGGGGACAGCCAGUCAGAAUCAGCCAAUCAGUCACUUCAGUCCCCUCUUACUGUCCCACACAGCCUGGGAAACCUCUCCUCAUUGGAUAUGACUAAUGAUGACGAUCUCCCAACUGACCCCAGCAAUUCCUCUGACACUCAGGAAGAGAGUGAGGUGGAGUCUUUCUGUCCAGACCUCAAUGGCCGACUGCAUAUCAACACGGUUGUUCGCAUGAGCGUGGACAAACUCUACGACCUUCUGUUCUCGGACACUCACUUCAUACAGCACCUCUUCUCUCAACGUCACUUCACUGCAAUUUCUCUGAUUGGUGGGUCUCUCAUCGGAAGUUCAGCAAUGAAAGAUCUCUCUGUGCACGAGUGGCAGCAGGACAGCAGCAGUGGGAACAGCAGUAGAGUUCUGAGUUACACCAUCGCCAUCAACAACCCAUUGGGCCCAAAAACAGCUCCUGUGGUGGAAACACAGACUCUCCACAAGAGCAGCUCCCGGGGGGAGUGUCAUGUGGUGGACUCAGAGGUCAUAACCUCAGGCAUCCCCUACCAGGACUACUUCUACACUGUACACAGAUACUGCCUCACCUCUGUCAACAAGCACAAGAGCCGCCUCAGGGUCUCGUCUAAUAUCUGCUACAGGAAGCAACCGUGGAGUCUUGUGAAAGCUCUGAUAGAGAAGAACACUUGGAGCGGCAUUGAAGAGUAUUACAGACACAUGGAGACGGAGGUGUGUAAGUUGGAGACGCUGUUACAGUCGGAGGUUUCCGUGGUGAGCUCUGGGGAAGUGCCUUCCGCGGACUCUGCCAAGACUCCCCCCGGCCUGCGCAGACGCAAACGCAACUGUCCGAGACGGGCAGGAGAGCGGGAGAGAGAAAGGGAGGGAGCGGGAGGAGGCGGGGAGCGGGGCGACCGAGGAAUUGGAGACGAUCGCGAAAGGAGAGAAGCUGGUGCUCAAUAUGUGAAAUUGGGAGAGAGGUGGCGAGGCAACAACAGCAGCAUCUCCACCAUUCUGCUCAUUGUGAGCUUCAUGAUCUGUGUCAGUCUGGUGGUUCUGGUGGCUCUGAACAUGAUGCUGUUCUACAAACUCUGGGCGCUCGAGCGGGCUGCACACACGCUCGAGACCUGGCACUCGUACUCUUUAACUGACAGCCCUCUGCCUCAGUCAGCAGGAGAGUGGGCGCAGGUACUGCAGCUCCAGAGGCAGUUCCACCAGGCCCAGUUGAACAAAUGGCAGCAGAUUUUACAGUCUUCUGUCGCACUUCUGGAUCAGAUGAAACAGUCUCUGGAGAAGCUCCACGGGGGAAUGAUCACACCAGAGGUGCAGCAGGAGUCUGAUCCAGCACCAGACACACUGACGGAUCAGUGAAGAGCAUACGGUAACCCCCCCUCACACGACCGUUUACUGACUCUGGGCCCUGUGACAUAAAUCAUGGACAGGAGACGGUGCUCUUCUCAGUGACAUCAACGUUGGGAUUGAUAUGGGUGGCUUUUAGCUUACUCGAGUGCCCCAGCAGCAGCUAGAAGACUACAAACUAACUCAACUCUUCUAUCAAUCUGAUUCUGAACACAAUGAACUCUGGGACCGAAGCAAUAACACACAAGUAUGGGAGUGUCUGACUUUCAGCUGUGCUGCAUCUUGAGCCGUACUGAGUGUCUGAGGAAGCUCAAUGUGAGCUUGUAGAAAACAAUUCAUCUUGGACCUUUUUUAUUACUAGUUUUUUUUUUUUGAGAGAUGCGUUUGAGAUUUCAAAGAGGGAAGUGUCUUUCUCUUCUUUAGGAGGUUUGCAGUGGACUUCCAGUCUGCUCCGAGAGACCUUGUCUUUUCACAACAAACGUAUUUUUCUGUUUUCACGGAAGAGAAAUUUCAUUUUCUUAUCGGUUUGAUGAUUUCAGAGCUGUUACUGAAACUUGUUAAAAAUUUGUGUUCAGACCAUUGCAGUAUUUAUUUAAUAGACUUGAAUUACAGUCUAACAUCGUGUUCCUGCUCAAACGAGGACCAAUAGAAAUGGGUGGAUACGAAAAUAUAAAUAUGAAUUUCCAUUUUUAGCAAUAAUCACGUGGAAAAAUCGUAAUGACAAUUAGAAGUCGAAGUACAAGUAAAAUGUGCAGCUGUUAAGAUAGAGUUUUUACACACUGUUACAAUUUUAACCAUUGCUUGUUUCUCCCUAAUGUUUCAGUUAUUAUUUUUGUUUUAAAUCCUUUUGUAUUUAUAACUUAGGGGCGAGAGGAGCCGUUUCAUGUAGUCGAGGUGUCGGGAACCUUGUAGAGUUUCACUGGAAUCAAACUUGAACUGUUCAGAGUUACUUUUAGCUCGAGCAGCUGAACACACACACACACACACAGAUUACAGGACUUCAGUCGUUCCUGGGACUGGACGUUUAGGACCAAGCAGAACUCAAGGUCAGGAGGAGUAUAUGAUGUACAUUUCACUCAGCACUGUGGGCGAAUCUCACAUAGAACAUGUCCAUGCAUUUCACCUCAAAAUCAAAAGAAAAAAAUAAGCAUAUAUAUAUAUAUAUAUAAAGUCGUAUAUUUGCAUUGUUACAAUUUCCUGACAAUUAAGCACCGCUCAAUUACUGUGGAGUGAAAAUCAUCCUGUCCAGACUAUUUUUAUUUUCAUUUUUAAUCAUUUUUUCUUUUAUGAAAAUAAGCAUUAUUUAAAAGUGGUGUAAAUGACAAUAAUAUAGAAAUAUAUUAAUAAUCUUAGGUAAUUGGACAUCGUGAAAAUAUUGUCACAAUGCAAAAUAUUUAUUUUUUCUAUUGAUUUUAAUUUGAAAUUCUUGACAGACUUGGCGAGAUUCACCUAUGAUUUGAUUUUUUUCUUUUUUCUUUUCUCUCUCUGUUUGUUUUAUGCUUGAUCAUUUCAUGUGGACGGUCUGUUACUGAUGAUUUUUUUUGGCCUGCCCUCCAACCUCAGUGAUCUCUCCCUCCUCUGAGUGUGUUAUCAGAGUGUCUGUCUGUGUCUGUCUGCGGGCGCUGCUGUGCAAAGCCCUUGCUGAGUGAUGAAAGCAUGUGCUAUUUAUUCGGGUCAGGGAGGGAGAGAGCGAAGGUGGGAUGUAUUGUAUAAACACGAUUGUAAAGAUGACUUGAGACAGUCAGAAACGCAUAAUAAAAAUGCCAAAAAAAGUGAAA